AUGAACCGUGCUUUUAGUAGAAAGAAAGACAAAACAUGGAUGCAUACUCCUGAGGCUUUAUCAAAACAUUACAUUCCCUAUAAUGCAAAGUUUCUUGGCAGCACUGAAGUAGAGCAGCCCAAAGGAACAGAAGUUGUGAGAGACGCUGUAAGGAAACUAAAGUUUGCAAGACAUAUCAAGAAAUCUGAAGGCCAGAAAAUUCCCAAAGUUGAGUUGCAAAUCUCAAUUUAUGGAGUAAAAAUUCUAGAACCCAAAACAAAGGAAGUUCAACACAAUUGCCAGCUUCACAGAAUAUCAUUUUGUGCAGAUGAUAAAACUGACAAGAGGAUAUUCACUUUCAUAUGCAAAGAUUCCGAGUCAAAUAAACAUUUGUGCUAUGUAUUUGACAGCGAAAAGUGUGCUGAAGAGAUAACAUUAACAAUCGGCCAAGCAUUUGACCUGGCGUACAGGAAAUUUCUAGAAUCUGGAGGAAAAGAUGUUGAAACAAGAAAACAGAUUGCAGGGUUACAGAAAAGAAGCAGCAGAAGCAGCAGAUGCUGGAUUCAAGACUUAGAAACAGAAAAUACGGAACUUAAAAACAAAGUACAAGAUUUGGAAAACCAGUUAAGAAUAACCCAAAUAUCAACACCUCCACUGCUGCACAAAAUGUCUGAUCAUGAGCCACACGGGUUUCAGAGAUGCUCGCCCUCUUUCUGGCAUAGUACUGAUGAUUCAUCUCCCUGUCUAAAUAUUUCUUCCAUUAUUGUCACUCCUGUCAACUCUCCUGAUUCCAGACUAUCAUUGGGACUGUUAAUACCACCACCUUCUAAACGGGGCCUUCCCAAGCCACACAGUGACAACAGCAUCCCAAGACCUCAUGCAGGCAGUGUGACAGCUAAGUCACCCUCUACUGACAUCUUUGAUAUGAUUCCAUUUUCUCCAGUAUCACACCAGUCUUCAAUACCUACUCACAAUGGCAUGCAGCCGCCUCCAGUACCUAGUCGAUCUAACGAGAUUAAACGGGACCUGUUUGGAGCGGAACCUUUUGACCCAUUUAACUGUGGAGCAGGGGAUUUCCCGCCAGACAUUCAAUCAAAAUUAGAUGAGAUGCAGCGCCAGAGAUGGAGGGGUUCAAAAUGGGACUAA